CUGGGCUUGUCCCUGAGGCGGCUGCCCCGCCCGGCUGCCCUGUCCCAGCCUGCAGUUGCUACCCAGGGGACGCGGCUCCUCCCCAAACAAACGCCCGUCUGGGCCUCGCCUGCCCACCGCUCGCUCACGCCGCGAGACGCGUCCCCUUCUAUGGCAUCCGUCUCUGGGGAGCCAGGGCUCCUGCCCUGCAGGUCUUGUGACAUGGUUUUCCGCUCUUGGACCUUGCUGGACAACCACGCUCGGCGCUUCUGCAUCGGUCGCCUAACCGGGGAGCUGACGCUUGGAGCCCAGCCCUCCGCGGCUAGCCAGGACCCGGGCGCCGAGACGGUGUCCCAAGAACUUCAGGGCCAGCAGGAGACCAGCACAUCUGCACUACGGAAGUUAACGGAGCAGGUAGUCACCCAGCUGUCCCCCUGGCUCUUCGGCAAGCCGCGGAUCCGUGUCAACCCCCCUACAGAAUAUGCCACCCGCGGGCCUCAGGACUCCACCGGCGAGGCUCCGGGAAGCCCGGGCGAGCGGCUGCGGGCACUGCAGAGAGCUCGCGCCCAGCGCCUGGCGGAGACGGAAGCGCAGCGACGGGCCCUGGAGCGGCGCGGCCAGGAACUGAGCCUGCGUCUCCGAGGCGCAGCCCGGAGCCAGGGCGGGACAUCACGCCUAUCCGGCCUGGAACGGGAACUUCGAGAACUCCGGUCGGAGGCAGGGCGGACGCGAGGAGCGCUCGAGACCCUGGGCGCGCGCGUUGAGGAGCUGCAGGCGCCGCGUGGGAGUCGUCGGCCUGCCUGGUGGGAAGCGGAGCUGUGCGGUCCCGCGCUUCCCGUCGCCUUCCCGGCAACUCUGACUGCUGAGAUUGGAGCCCUGCGUGAGGCCUACCUUCGAGGUGGGGGGCGCGACCCUGGCAUUCUGGGCCAGAUAUGGCAGUUGCAGGUGGAGGCGUCAGCCCUGGAGCUGCGACGGUCGCGGAUCCGCAGAGGAAAGGCAGCUGCUGCUUCGGGGGAGCUUCUAGUGGUGGAGGCGGAGAACCGGCGGCUGGAGGCAGAAAUCCUGGCCUUGCAGAUGCGGAGGGGCCUGGCUUGGGUACCCCAGGGGCCACAAGAGGUGCCUUCUCUGUCUGGUCCCAGUGCACCCCUAAAGGGAAGGAGAGAACCCCCAAUCCUCCCACCACCUCCACUUCCAGGCUGCACGGACAUCCAGGGCAAGGCUCAGCAGUUUGCUGGAAGCAUACCGGGGAGCCUGGUCCUGAACCCACAUUUCCUCCUGCCUGCACGUGAUGCCCUGGACCCUGCACCCUAUGACCCAGGGGCUGGUCUGGUUGUUUUCUAUGACUUCCUGCGGGGACUUGAAGCUUCUUGGAUUUGGGUGCAGCUGCUGACUGGCUUGUCCCAAGAUGGACAUGAUGCAAGAGGGACAACAGCGUUACCCCCUGCCCUUUGCCUGCCCUCGCCACCUUCAGCUUCUGGACCUGUGGGCAACUGUGCCAUUCUGGCCAGCAGGCAGCCUGUGCCCAGACUUCUACCCUCACCAGCUGUUUCCUUGGUCUGUGAGCUGCAGGCCUGGCAAGGGCUGGCAGGAGCUGGGGCACCACAGCCAAAGGCUUGGACCUCUCUGGUACUAUUUGAUCGAGCUCAACGGGUGUUAAGUGGCCGCUGGCGCCUCCCGCUUCAGGCCCUUCCCCUGGACUCCAGUCUUAGCUCUGGGCAGCCAAUUGAGAUUCCCCAGGCAGUUCAUGCUGAGCUGUUUGUGCGGCUGGUGAACGCAAGGGAUGCUGAUGUUCAGACACUGGCAGUCAUCGAUCCCUCAUGUGCUCACGAAUACCAAUACCCACCACUGGGGUCCAUCUCACCUUCACUGAAAGGCAACCCCCUCCGCCCUGAGGCUGCAUUUGCUGACCCUGCACCUCCUGCGGAAGAGCCCCAGGGUGGAGUUGAGCCCUCAUCAGUGUUUUGACCCACCCUGACUGGGCUCCUGGCUCUAGCUUGAGGCCUGUUCUCAGAUGGGGGUUUGUUACCCACGGGGUCCAGGGACCUCAUAAGUGGUCUCCAAAAACGUAGUGAGGAAAAAAUUUACCAAAAAACUAUGUAUGGAUUCCACAAAAUAUGCUUGCACCCAAAUUAAAGUUCAUUUUCCCCAUGAAAAUCUUAAGUUUCUGCAUACACUAUUCCAGGUUAGGGCCACAGCCCAUGGCAGUUCCUUUCUCGAGGGGACAGAUAUGGGACACGUGACAGACUUGUCUGCUGCUUAGGAAGCAUGUACGUCAUGAUUGUUCUGACCAGAAAACAGAUGGAAAAGCCGAGAACCUGGAAUACACAAUUGAUCUUCAGAAAAUUCAUAGGCCAAAUUCUACAAAUCCGACUUAUAAGUCUGACCAUUUUGUGUUAAAAUUGAGAACAUACUGACUUGCAAUAUCAGCACUGGAAGUUAGCAGGUUCAGCUGUAGCAGAGUAGGCCCACAAGUGUCAAAAUUUCUAAAUUAUAGGUAUAGGCAGAUUCUGGUAAGUGGGUUAAGCCAUGGUCUAGAGUGCCUGUGUCAGUGGUGUUUCCUCUACUUCCAGUCCUGGGAGGCAGCAGAUAGAUGGCUCAGGUUCUUGGGCUCACACCAGCCGUAAAGAUGGUCCUGGCUUUGGUCUGGUGCAGCUUUAGCAAGAACUUUUAAUGAGCAAAUGGAAAUUUUGUCUCAUUGUAUAGGCAUAUUUUAUGGAAAAUAGUCUGUAUGGAAAAGGAUAGAAAGUCUGGUAUCUGAUGGUGAAACAAGUAGGAUUGCCUGAUGAACCAAGCAGCAGAAAAAUAGCGCAGCUAAGCCUAACUCUGACUUACAUAUCCAACCCUCUUCCAAGGCCAUGUCCCCAGUGACCUAAGGGUCUUCUGGGCCACCUCCUGAAUAUCUUGAUCAG